AUGAAUGUUAUUGUUAUGAAUUGCUGGUCUAAAUUUGUAAAUAUUUUACUAGUUCCAUGUAUUUUGUCUCCAACAUUUGUCAGUAUGUCUCAGCCAAUUGUUCUUACAGCUAUUCACAAAUCUCGACUACUGACAUGCAUGGCUUGUUCAUAUCCUUGUGUUCCACAUCUACAAUGGAGUAGACAACAAAUGCUAGAAACAACAGCUAAUGAUGGUAUGACUUCAAAUAACGCAAACUGUGUUACGUCUGUUCUGACUGUGUCAUCACCUGGUGAUUAUAAAUGUUAUCUGUGUGGAUACACAGAUGAAAGAAUGUUUAUUGUAAAUGCCGAGCCGAUGUUUGUAAAUGAUGCUGCUGCUGAUCAGUUGAAUCGAAAUGUGAAUGAAUUGGAUAAUUUGAAGUUGGACUGUCAUCACACUGGUCGACCUAGUCCAAGCAUCACGUGGAGUCUAAAUGGAGCUAUUCUGCCUAACUUUAAUGGAUCAUCGACGCUAAGUCUUUCAAAUGUUGGCAUUCAAGAUGGUGGUCGUUAUAACUGCAGUGUUGUCAACGAAUUAGCUGCGAAUACAAGAGAAUUGUAA